AUGACGUACGUGACGCUACGAUCUGAAUUUGCGACGCGCUCUGACUACCGCCUUCUGGCACUAGAGGCGAAGUGUGUGCAGAGUCUAAAAGAUAAGCUGACGACACAUGGGCCCGCGACCUCCCCAACUACAGCAGCAGCAACUGGCAACAACACGACGUUGCUCAUGAUGAAAGGCACCUCUCAGUUGCUGCUCUGUGAUGAUGAUCACACGUACCGGAUUCGUCGCGUGGAGUACUCAAAUACACUUCUUCUUGCCGAGAAGCACCCAAUGUGUGACUGUGACAGAGACGCUCUGAAGAGUGUAUCUGUACCAGGUUGCAGUGCCUUCUCAAAGGCUGAGGAGACUUCCAAACACGUCGUUAUUAGCGCUGCAGAACGCCUCUUUGAGGCAAAACCAUCUUGUGCUUCUCGAGAUGUCUUGAGGCUAAUAAAGGCAUCUCCCGUCACCAUUGAGGAGCUUGAGUCUGAAUAUAUCCAACUACCAGGCGAUUCUGCCGAGGUCAAAACGACUAUACCCGACGGCAUGGAUAGUCAACACUAUACAUUUUCACAGCUUGUGUCGAUGAGCCACUCCAGUGCGCGGGAGCUGUCAGACAUGCUUUGUGGCGCAGGAGCUAUUGUAUAUCACGGGCACGUUCGUCUGCUGCACCCCUCCCUUUUGCGUGAGGCUCUUCAGGCAGUGAUUGUUUUUAUGGAGGGCUGCGAGGACGCCUCGUGGGGCGCGGUGGAGGAGCACUUUUGCCCGUCUGUCUACCCAAGCAUUGUUAUUCAUGUGAUCCAAGGAGUUUACGGUGCACUGAAGCAUGUGGAAGGGGGAAAAGGGGCAGCGGCGUUACUUCACAUGCAAAAGGUGCUGCAAGCGCUGGCCGAGGUUGCCAUUGUUGUUCUCAAGGCUCGUGCUGGCGUUGAGGAACCGUGUACUCAAUUUCGUGGUGAUGAAAUCGCUUUGUAUUGUUCGGUUGACUUUGAGUCCUUUUAUGGCACGUGGACAGAUAGCAUCCCGACUUCGUUUUUUGCAUCUGGUGGAGUUCCGCCGCGAUCCGAUCUGGCGGCUCUUAUGUCGCUGUUGCAUGGCGUUGUUAUUAUCCAUGGGGCACGUGGUGAUGGCCAUGCCGGCGCGACAGUUGUCUGGGCACCGCGGGAUGAGCUUGCCACUGAUCUGUCGCGGCGUAUGGAGCAGCUAUUUGAGCUGAAUUCUGGACGAUGGGAGGCGGAUGCGUUGCGCGCAUACGUGGAGCCGCUGCUGGAUCCUGGCAUGACGUUUGAGCAGGUGGUGCACAGAUAUGCAAGGGAGUUCCACACGCCAAACCAGCCAGUCAGGUACGGAAGACUUGCUUGA